AUGGACGACACAUCACCAAUAUCUCCGGAAGAGCAUUUCCAAGAAAUUCCAGCUCAUUUCCACCACUCCGCGGUUGCCCACGCCUCCCCGCGUUUACCCCAAGCCAUCGCCCACCGAGGCUUCAAAGGCCAAUAUCCCGAGAAUACUCUAUUAUCAAUCGAUGGUGCAAUCCGGGCUGGAGCUCAAGCCCUCGAGCUCGAUCUCCAUAUCUCCCGUGAUGGGAUCGUGGUGUUGUCACAUCUCACAAAUGAACCCUUCGAUAUAAUGCAACGAAUUGCCAAAACCAUCGAGUCAGUCCCCAAACCCACGGACGCGCCCGACUGGCACCGCCGAAUAGUUCUCGGCUGCUGGUCUGCACGAUACCUACCCGCACGAGCAAAGCACUUGCCACGGUACGCAGUUACGCUCAUCUGCGUUGACUUGAGCUAUGCGCGCCAGUUCCUCCAAGUACCCCUAAUCUCGUUCAACGUCAACCAGAUGAUCUUGAUGGGCCCGCUCGGGCGAGGGUUUUUAGACGAGGCGCGCGCAGCCCGACGUCAAGUGUAUGUUUGGACGGUGAAUGCGCCGAAUCUAAUGCGAUGGUGCAUCCGGCACGGGAUCGACGGAGUUAUCUCCGAUGAGCCCGGUCGGUUCCGGCAGGUCUGUGAGGGGUGGGAGAAGGAACAUACGGGUGUUUUGGGUGCCCCGAAUCCCGAAUUAGAUCGGAUCCCUUUGCGACAACGGAUUCAGAUCAUCGCGGUGGCGCUUUAUGUGAUUUGCUUUGGUUGGAUCUUGAAACGGAUGUAUCUUACCCCGGUUGAGCGACUCGAGUUUGAGAAACACAAGUCGAAAUAG